UCCCUCAGCCCCUACACCUGCCUUCCCCCUGCCUCCACGCCUGCCUCCACGCCUGCGCGACCUCUCAGUUCCCACAGAUCCCAGCAGGAUUCGGCGGCUGACCUGCUCUCGGCGCUGAGCCAAGAGGAGCGAGACCUCAUCGAGCCCGUUAUAGCCUUGGGCUACCCCACCCGCAAAGCCAUCCUCACCCUCCAGAAGACUGGAAGGCAAAGCUUAAGUCAGUUCCUGAGCUACCUGGGUGCCUGUGACCGGCUGCUGAAGCAGGGCUACGAGGAAGGGCAGGUGGAGGAGGCCAUGGAAAUGUUCCAGUACUCGGAGAAAAAGGCAGCUGAAUUCUUGCAUUUGUUAGCUCAGUUUAACGAUAUGGGUUUCCAGCAAAAUGAAAUCAAAGAAGUUCUUUUGCUUUGUGGGAAUCAGAGGGAGAAGGCGCUGGAAGAGCUUGUGAUGAAAACCCAGUGA